UAAUCAAACAAAAAGAAAGAAAGAAACAAACUACUGUUAACGAAAAAACACAACUUGAAAAAAAAAAACUAACGACGAUCAUGGCGACGAGACGAGUUAGAGGCGAUCCCGUCGAGAACCGUCGCGCUCUCGGCGACAUCGGGAACAUCGCUUCUCUUCCCGGAGGAAUCGAAGAAGCAGGAAAACUUAAUCGGCCCUUGACCCGUAACUUCCGCGCCCAGUUGCUUGAAAACGCUAACAAAAAGGAAGGUGUAAGGGCGGUUCAAAGGAAAGCAAGAGCUGCUGUUGUUGUUAAGCCGACGCAGACUCACGAAGUGAUUGUGAUCAGUCCCGAUACAAACGAGGUUGCUAAAGCUAAGAAGAAUGUUACUUACUCUUCCGUUCUCAAUGCUCGAAGCAAGGCUGCUUCCAAGUCUCUUGAUAUUGACUCUGCGGACAAAGACAACGACCUUGCCGCUGUGGAGUAUGUUGAGGACAUGUACUCUUUCUACAAAGAAGUUGAGAAUGAGAGCAAGCCUCAGAUGUAUAUGCAGACACAGACUGAGAUCAAUGAGAAGAUGAGAUCGAUUCUUGUAGACUGGCUUGUAGACGUUCAUGUCAAGUUUGAUCUCUCCCCUGAGACGCUUUACCUCACCAUCAACAUCAUUGAUCGUUUCCUCUCUCUGAAACCUGUUCCGAGAAGAGAGUUACAGCUUGUAGGCGUUAGUGCUUUGCUCAUCGCCUCCAAAUACGAAGAGAUCUGGCCUCCUCAGGUCAAUGAUCUGGUGUAUGUCACAGGCAACUCGUACCAGAGCAAGCAGAUUCUAGUGAUGGAGAAAACCAUUUUGGGAAACCUGGAGUGGUACUUGACAGUUCCAACGCAGUACGUGUUCCUCGCGAGGUUUAUCAAAGCUGCGGUUCCUGACCCGGAGAUGGAGAACAUGGUUCACUUCUUAGCUGAGUUGGGUCUGAUGCAUUACGACGCUUUAAAGUUCUGCCCUUCUAUGCUGGCUGCUUCAGCGGUUUACGCCGCGAGAUGCUUCUUGAGCAAGACCCCGGCUUGGACCGAGACUCUUACAUUCCACACUGGUUACUCUGAACAUGAGCUCAUGGAGUGCUCGAAGCUUUUAGCGUUCAUUCACUCGAGAGUUGGGGAGAGCAAGCUGCGAGCUGUGUUCAAGAAGUAUUCGAAAGCUGAAAGAUGCGCUGUUGCUUUGGUUUCAUCACCGGCCAAGUCUCCUCUUCUGUCUUCUUCUGCCUCUUGCUCCUUGGAGAAGUCUUGAAAGAAUAUCAGCAAAACUAUGAAAUUUGUUUUAGAUCUCUCUCUGAUCUUUUGGAUGUGUAAAAAUGCUUUCUCCUGUUGAGAAGUAUUAAUUGAAUUCUUGUACUAGAAUCGUUUUGGUAUUCUAUGAUAUUUGAAUUUGGAAUUCUUGAUGAUAUUA